AUUUUUUGACUAAUCAAGUAUUAUCCUAUGUAGUUAUUAGUAAUAUAAUAUGUCUUCUGAUGAAGAAGGUGAUCAACCGUUGGUUAAAAAGCAGCGCCUAUUUUAUGGAAGUCUUGAAGAGCAAGAAAAGGAACGCUUGGAGAGAGAAGAAAAAGAAAGGCUAGCUGGUGAGGAAUUACUUCGUGCACAAGGAAGUGAGUCUAGUGAAAGUGACUCAAGUGAUGAUGAAAAAAUUAAAAAAGUAAAGUCAGGAAAAGAAAAAAAAAAAAAAGAUUCUGAUGAUGAAGGAGGUCGCAAUAUAAAUAAAGCUGCUAUAAAAAAAGCAAUCAAAGCUGGAAAUAUUAAUAUAACUGAUGGGGAUACUCUUGAUAUGAAGGCAGAUGUUUCUUCAGAACGUCAACAAGAACUGAUGGCUGAGUUUGAAAAGCGAAAAAUGUUGCGAUCAAUUACGGUUUCUACUGACGAUUAUAUUGUAAAAGCAAAAUUGAGAGAACUUGGACAUCCUAUUUGUUUGUUUGGAGAAGGUCCAGCACAAAGAAGAGACAGACUGAAGGAUUUGUUACUGGUCUUUGAACAAUUAUUGCCUGGUUUUACUUCUCAACACAGAGAAGAAGAAAAGGUAUUAAUUGAAGAAGAAAAGGUACCCAAUGAGAUAUGGUAUCAUGAAGGUCCUUUAUCAUUGUACGAAGCUAGACUUUUCAUUGCUAAUUAUUCUAUACCACGUACACGUGAUAGAUUAAGGAAAACAAAAGAAGAUUUGAAAAAACUUGAGUCAGUAACUGCUGCUAAAGUUCAGGAAGUGCAUCGUAAAACACAAUCCUUAGUAAAUUUUUGUAGUCAAAUAGGUGAUAAUCGUCCAUUAUCUUACUGCCAAUUUUCUCCAGAUAGUAGUCUUUUGGCUACAUCAUCAUGGAGUGGUCUGUGUAAAUUGUGGUCUGUACCAGAAGGAAAUGAAAUCCGUGUUUUACGUGGUCAUAAUGAAAGAGUUGGCAGUAUUGUUUUUCAUCCUAGAGCUACAAUUGAUUUAGAUCCAAGCCUUGUUAACAUGGUGUCAUGUUCAGUAGAUGGUAGUGUUCAGUUAUGGAACCUGCAAGAUGAGGAGCCACUAGGUAGAAUUGAUAGUCACGAUAAGAGAGUUUCUAGUGUAGCAUUCCAUCCCUCUGGAAGAUUUUUGGGUACAACUUGUUUUGACAAGUCAUGGCGACUUUGGGAUUUUGAAAAGCAAGUUGAAGUCCUUCAUCAAGAGGGACAUGCUCAGGAAGUAUUUAAAAUCUGCUUUCAAGUUGAUGGUUCUCUAGCAGCAACCUGUGGUUUAGAUGCUAGAGGAUUGAUUUGGGAUUUGCGGACAGGAAGAAAUAUAUUUGCUUUAGAUGGACAUUUAAAAAAAGUAUUAGCAAUUGAUUUUCAUUCUAAUGGAUUUCAGUUAGCUACAGGAAGUGAAGAUCAGAAAUGUAUGAUUUGGGACUUGCGGAAGCAGGAAGCUAUUUAUACUAUACCUGCACAUAACAAUCUAGUUUCUCAUCUUAAAUUUUGUGACAAUAUACUGUUAACAUCAUCUUAUGAUGGACUAGCAAAGGUAUGGUCAUAUCCAUCAUGGGCUCCAUUGAAAACACUUGCUGGUCAUGAACAAAAAGUUACUUGUGUAGAUGUUUCAGGAAAUGGAAAUUAUGUAGCAACUUGCUCAUUUGAUCGUACUUUUAAAUUGUGGGGUGCAGAAUUUUUAGUCUGAAUAUUUAGUUUCUUCUAAAAAUCUUUGUCUAUAAAACUUUAAACUUCCAUUUAUGUGUUGUUUUUUUUAUCUUAGAAAGAUCUGAUAAAUGAUUAUACUUUAA